CGGGUUGGGUUGUCAACUAGGGUUUCAGCAUAAAAACUAAAAAGCCAUCGUACAACACGAGAGGAGGCGCUGUGGCCUGCUGAUGAGCCGAAGAAGCCAGAGGCGCUGAAGAAGAACAAGAGUUUGUACUCUUCGAUCUCCCUCUCCAAUCCGCAACCAUGGGUAUCUCGCGUGACUCUAUGCACAAAAGGCGUGCCACUGGAGGCAAGAAGAAGGCAUGGAGGAAGAAGAGAAAGUAUGAGCUUGGCCGCCAGCCUGCUAAUACUAAGCUUUCAAGCAACAAGACGGUUAGGCGAAUUCGUGUGAGAGGAGGUAAUGUGAAGUGGAGAGCCCUCAGAUUGGAUACUGGGAACUACUCAUGGGGUAGUGAAGCUGUCACCCGCAAAACACGUAUACUGGAUGUUGUUUACAAUGCUUCAAACAAUGAGCUUGUGAGGACACAAACUCUAGUGAAAAGUGCUAUUGUUCAGGUGGAUGCUGCCCCAUUCAAGCAGUGGUACCUUCAGCACUAUGGAGUUGACAUUGGUAGGAAGAAGAAGGCAGCUGCUAAGAAGGAAACCCCAGAGCAGGAAGUAGAAGCAGCUACAGAGGAAGCAAAGAAGAGUAACCAUGUCCUUAGGAAGCUUGAGAAGCGCCAGCAAGGUCGUAAACUUGAUCUCCAUAUUGAAGAGCAGUUUGGGAGUGGUAGAUUGUUGGCUUGCAUCUCUUCUCGACCAGGACAAUGCGGUAGAGCUGAUGGAUACAUCUUGGAAGGAAAAGAACUGGAGUUCUACAUGAAGAAGCUACAGAGAAAGAAAGGGAAGGGUGCUGGUGCUGAUUGAGCAGUUUGUCGUUAUGCGGAGUAUUGUCUUUUUUUCUUUUAUUGUUUUAGUUGCACUUUUUUGGCCUGCCUAGAUGAAGAUUUUGCUUGGCAUGUCUAGUUGUUUCAAAGUAAAUGCUUUGAGCACGUUUUGAUCCACAAGUCAGUUUAUAUAGCUAAAAUAACACUUGUUGGGUGCUGGCUUCAA